AUGACCACAUCCAGCAGGCAGAGCUUUUCUAUGUCUGUGGUCAACAACUUGGCCAAAAUAUUUGACCCAAACGCUUUGCAAGACCAAGGGCCUGAUAAUGGAAUGGAACCCCUCCAAUUUCUUCAUGUUGCAAGUAGUGAUGUGAGCACAUCUGAAAGUUUUACCAUGAUGGAUAUGAAAUUUGCCUCCCUUGAACAGAAAAUAGACAAGCUUUUGGCUCUACAAGACAGUGUCCUUAAGAAGCUUAACAGUGUUUCCCAAGAAGUCUGUUGCAUUGAAAAAGACAUUGAGAGUGUAAAGGCAGAAACAUCUGAACCUGGAUCGAAAAUGGGAAGAAACAAAAGUCGGAGGAGUAAUGAGAUGAAGAUAGUUUGCCUUAAAAUGGAAAAAUCUCUUUCUGUUAUAAACAGGAAUGCAAAGCAGCAGGUUAAAAGACUUGAUGGACUGGAACAAAGCGUUUCUGGAUUACAGAAGCUUUUAGGGUCUCUGGUUGAGAAUGUUAAAACAUUAGUAAUUCAUGAUUCAAGUGUAAAAUACCAUGUUAAAAAACGUAAACUUUUCAAGGCAUGUGAUUAUAGAAAAGGAGCUGGACAACAUUUUAAGAUGCACGUAUUCUCGGAAACAACAGCUGAUGCCCUGCUCAAGAAGAAAAGAGAAAAGGUCAUCCAAGAAAAAUCACAUUUGAAUGAGACAGAAACAAGAGAAACUAAGCCACCAGAUUCAACAGAGGGGGCCAUCCAGAAGAGCCAGUCCUGCUCUCAAGAAGAAGACAUUGACAAGCUCAAUAAGGAAAAUGCUGAAAGGGAAAGUUCUGUUCUGCUUGAAAUCGAUCCUCCCAAAUUUCUUAUUGAAGAGCCAGAGGAGAAAGAAGAAAGGAGAAGCUCUGUUCAGAUAUCACUCACUACAGAAAAGCAGGAAGAAGCAGAUGCUGACAAUGUUUGUCAAAGGAUAGCUGGGCAGGAGAUAGAGAGUGAGUCCCCAGCAGAUGAGGAGAGUAAGGAGGAACAUCAAGUGUCUGGAGAUGAAAGACAAGAGGAGAGGGAGAAUGGAAGGGAGGGAGAUGCUGAUAAGACUGAAAAAUACGAUGAGGAACCACCAGCUCCUUCUCAAAAUAAAGAUGAGGCAGGAGAAACCCAUGAUCAAGAGGAGGUACCAGAAGGAAGGUGUGAAGGCUGCAAAAAAGAUAACACUCCUACUCCACCAGCACCAUUUGAUCACCGGAUUGUCUCAGCCAAAAGGGUGGAGAUCAGCAAUUACUAUAAUGUCAAUGAGAAUGAAAUCCUGGGAGGAGGGAGAUUUGGUCAAGUGCACCAAUGUGAAGAGAAAGCAACAGGUCUCAAGCUAGCAGCCAAAAUUAUAAAAGCCAAAGGUCCUAAACAGAAGGAUGAAGUAAAGAAUGAAAUCAAUAUAAUGAACCAGCUAAAUCAUGUGAAUCUCAUCCAGCUGUAUGAUGCCUUUGAAUCAAGAAAUAACAUUGUCCUUGUCAUGGAAUAUGUAGAAGGAGGAGAGUUAUUUGAACGAAUUAUCGAUGAAAACUACAACUUGACAGAGAUGGAUACUAUCUUAUUCAUCAAACAGAUCUGUGAGGGAAUUCAGUACAUGCACCAAAUGUACAUUCUUCAUUUGGAUCUCAAGCCUGAGAAUAUCCUGUGUGUGAACCGUGCAACAAAUAAAAUAAAAAUUAUUGAUUUUGGAUUGGCAAGAAGGUAUAAACCCAGGGAAAAACUUCGAGUUAACUUUGGGACUCCAGAAUUUCUUGCUCCUGAAGUUGUGAAUUAUGACUUUGUCUCCUUUUCUACAGACAUGUGGAGUGUAGGAGUCAUUACUUUUAUGCUCCUCAGUGGAUUGUCUCCAUUUUUGGGGGAUGACGACAACGAGACCCUCAACAAUAUCCUGUCCUGUAGCUGGGAUUUUGAAGAUGAGGAAUUUCGAGAUGUUUCUGAUCAGGCCAAAGAUUUCAUCUCAAAGCUUCUCAUCAAGGAAAAAUGCUGGAGAAUAAGUGCAACUGCUGCCUUAAAACACCCAUGGUUGACAGACCACAGGCUCCACUGCAGACUCCAGGUCCCUAAGUGUUAA